GACUCUGUCAGAGCAAGUGACGCUUAGGCUUUGCACAAGCUUGCGGGGCUAUUCUAUCGCAACAUUAGUUGACAUUUAGCAUUGUUAUAGUCACGUCGUGACGCAGCGCAAUAGAGCAGUCUUGCUUCCUUGUAUAGAAUCCAGCGCCUGAGGAACGUCACCGUAGAGUUCCACUGCUUUAUCGCUCCGGGCAGCGCCAGCCUUUUCCUCUGCACAUUGUGCUCGUAAUAAUAUCGCAUGUCCUCUAUCCAGAACCUCAACUCUUUCGACCCCUUUGCUGAUGCAACUAAGGGUGACGACUUACUCCCGGCAGGGACUGAGGAUUAUAUCCAUAUAAGAAUCCAGCAACGUAACGGCAGGAAAACAUUAACAACUGUACAGGGAAUCGCAGAUGAUUAUGACAAAAAGAAGCUUGUAAAAGCUUUCAAGAAGAAAUUUGCUUGUAAUGGUACUGUGAUUGAGCAUCCUGAAUACGGAGAAGUCAUCCAGCUUCAGGGAGAUCAACGAAAAAACAUCUGCCAAUUUCUUAUGGAGAUUGGCAUUGUCAAGGAAGAACAAUUAAAGGUCCAUGGUUUCUGAGAUGUGGAUAACAUAAGAUACUUGCCAGCCUUGGCUAUUUUGGGAACCAUGAAUAUUUGCAGUAGAAGGACUUUUAACAUGUCUGAGCAUUCAAAACUAGGUCCAUUUUUGCAUGACUACCGGAAAAGUGUAAUGAUUAGGCUAGUAACACAUAAGAAAAUAGCUGUGAGAUGGUAAAAGAACAGUAUGUUUUACCACAUUUCCAAUGGAAAUGUUUUAGUGCUAAUGUCACUUUUUUUUCUGUUCUCCUUCCCCCCCCCAACUUGAUUUAAUGUCUUUGUUGUAUUAAAACCAUAUGUUGCUGCC